AUGGAAGGAGGAGAGUGGGCGGCGCGGGGGGCGGUAUGGAGGGAGAAGGCUCGGGAUCUGCAGAUCCGGCUGCGGGAUCGGUUCCGCGUGACGGUGACUCGUCCCAGGCGGUGGACAACCGGUCUCCCAGAGGCGGCGGAUUCCUGUUAUUCGGCCACACUCCGUCGCGCGAUCCUCCGCCUCCGUAGCCUCCUCGGAGAUGCGUCUCUGUCGUCGCCGUCGUCGUCGAUGCCGAUGCCUCCUCCCUCGAGAAUCCUGCGGGUAAAAACAGGUCGGCUCCUUCCUACCUUCUUCGGUUAGAUUGUAGACGCAAGACGGAUAAAAUGAGCGUACAUUUUACUGUUUUAACUCCGUCUCGCCGAUGCCGUUGCUGGACUUACCUGCAGUGGUCGUGAUUCUCAGUCAUUUCACCGUUUUAUUGCGCAUUUUGCGAAUUGACGGAGGGAAUAGAGUGGUCACCGUGCGGGGAGGUUUCAAUACUUCCGCGAGAUUUGAUAGUAUCAUUCAGCUUCGGAUGUUGAUUCAUUUGGAAUGUAUAUACUCGUGUAUUUCUAUUCUUCAUGCAUUUGCCAUCCCUCUGAUGAACUUCACUCUGUCAUUCGAUGCUGCAGAGAGUGAGGACGAGGAUAGAAUCGAUGGCUCAGUCAUUUUUCAACUGCUUCAAUAUGUGGCUAUUCCUGUUAUUGGAAACGUCUGUCACGUGUUUAUGCACGGGCUCAACCAUAUACAGGUGGCUGAAGACAUCGUGAACUCAUAUGACCGCAGAUUCCAUUCAGAAAUCUUUUCAAGAAAGAUACUAAGAAAAUCUGCCUUGUCCGUUUGCAGAUUUAUGGCCUAGAGAAGUUCCAUAGCGCUCUGUUAAGGAGACCAAAGGGCAAAGCUCUUUUAACGGUAUUUUUCAAUCCCCUGUUGGCGUCUGCUACUUGAACAUUGCUGUUUUUCACCAAUAGGAUAUACAGGAAGAUCGAUUGGAAGAACUUAAUAUUUGAAGAAUUGAAGAAGAUCAGUUGUGAUCCUUAUAGAAUCGUUAAAUAAAUGAAUAUUCUGUGAAUGAAGAUGGCUGAUACAGCUAUAGAGUGUGGAAAGGCGAGAAGUGAGCUCAUCUACGUCUAUAUGGGCAGAUGGUAGUGUGAGCCAUAGGAGUCAUCAAGAUUACUUCUAGGAUUGAAUCUAAAUGGGGAAAAUAAUACUGUAAUCAAGACAUCAUAUUGCUUUACUUAGUUUUCUACCUUAGAAAUUAUAAAUAAAUGUCUAAACUGGGGAAUCCACUCUUUCAAGUCCCUUUCCACUGGCUACUGCAUAUCCGUGUAUCUGAUAUUUUGCUAAAAAGUCCUUGGCACGGUUUACUCUUUAGAGUUCAGCCCACCUGAAUCUAGUGACCUGAUUUCAUAGCUAUAAUUUCUGCCGUCAGUUCCGUUUGUAGAAACCAAGGUGGUAUAAUUGCAGCAUCUCCCAAUAUUAUAAUCCAACGUUUUUACUACCCCAACCAUUCCUCUGUCUGCCUCUUUUUUGUUUUUUUUUUUGCAGGUAAGCAAUCAUGUUGCCUCUGUAGAUGACCCAUUUGUUAUAGCUUCCCUUCUACCGCCAAGUGUUAUGCUCGAUGCACGCAACGUGAGGUGGACGCUGUGUGCAACUGAUCGCUGUUUUCGGAAUCCAACGCUGUCUACAUUCUUCUCGUGCUGCAAAGUACUGCCAGUCUCCCGUGGGGAUGGUGUUUAUCAGAAGGUACGAUUUCUUCCAUUGGUCCGUUUGCUGGUUAUGAAAGUUUUUAAACGAUUAGCCUGAAGAGCCACUUGCGUCCACCCAAAUGCAGAUUUAUGCUUUCUGGUCAACUUAUAACGUGACUUGAGCUCAAAAAGCGCAAGCUUUAUAUAGAUCAUUUGCUACUCGGCUUGUUCUUAUCUCUUCUAAUUUUGGUAUCUAGCAAGACUAAAACAUGCACAUAUCAGGCUGACAUUCUUCCGUAGAUUCCUGGCAUCAGAAUCAUUCAAAAUAUUCCAUCCAGAAUUCAGGUUCAUGCUUUCAUUUCCGGGCUGGUUUUUGUUUCAAAAUAGCAAUGGGCAUGAAAUGUCAUUAUAUUCUUCCAUCAGGAUCCUAUUAAGACUAUGCCUCCAUGUUGUUGACCUUUUUUCGGUUGUUAAUUUAAAGCAUGGAGUUUGUAUUUGGCCUAAACCCGCCCUCCCUCGCCCUUCAGGGAAUGGACAUGGCUCUUUCCAAGCUUAACAAUGGCGGAUGGGUUCAUAUAUUCCCCGAGGGGAGCCGCUCUAGAGAUGGUGGGAGGACAAUGGCUUCUUCAAAAAGAGGGGUCGGAAGGUAAGAAGCGAGUAUCAGAUGAAACCACUCAACUUCCCAAACAUCUCUUCCUGUAACCCCCCGAUGCAAAAAGGAGGGCAUAAAAAUAAAAAUCAUUUUCCUCUAGAAUCACCAGGCCAUUCAACUCAACCAAAAAAAAAAAAGUAUAUAUAUAUAUAUAUAUGUAUAUCAUUUUCGUAAUGGCAUGAAAUCGUUUCUAAAUCAAAUAUCUGCAUCAUCUCCUGACGACGCAUAAAUGCCCGUUUCUCCCUACAUCUUUAAUGGCAGAUUGGUCAUGGACGCUGACAACACGCCGAUAGUCAUCCCCUUGGUGCACACAGGGAUGCAGGAGAUAAUGCCCAUCGGCAGCUGCCUUCCCAGAAUCGGAAAACGGGUCGGUAUUUUACCUCCUGCUCUCUCUCUCUCUCUCUCUCACACACACACACACACGCAGUUACGCUCAUCAUGAAACCCCGAAUUUCCCUUCUGAUUGUUUAGUUGACUGCAGGUAACGGUCCUAGUCGGCGACCCCAUCACCUUCGAAGACCUCGACCUCCGCUCAGAUGAAUCGCCUACGCGAGAAGCCUUCUAUGAUGCGGCAUCAACGAGGAUCGGCCAUCGGCUCCGGGAGCUGAAGCUUCAAGCAGAACAAAUCUCGUCAUCCCUCGAGCAGCAGCAGCCGCCGCUCCGGCCGGGCGAGCGCGCCACCGACCUAUGGCGGCAUGCGGACUGGGAGGCCUUCGGCACGGGAACCUUCAUGCCGUCACCACAGGAAGGAUAUUCCCCGCCGUCCGCCCCAUCCCCCCCCGUGCCGCUGCCGCCGAUCGCAGACAAUGAUGACACCGAGGAGGCGGCCACUGAUCGCCGUUCCCUGACGAUCGGCUUCUCUUAUUAUUACGAUGGCGGUGGCGGCGGCAUGGUGUCGAGAAUCCGCCGCCUCGUGCCCCCGACGGAGUUCAUGGGCUUCGCCGCCAGGGGUUUGUUGAUGUGCGGCGGGGCGGAGGAGGGCUGGUGUUGCCUCCCCGAAGAGCAGCGGCGGGGCAGAGGGCGGCCCCUCUGA